AUGCAGAAUCAAGUGGAAGAAAUUGUAUUACUUCCGACAACACGUGGGAAACAUAAUCGUAAUGAAAAUCAAAUAUUUCUCAAUCGACAAAAAACUUAUGAUGAUGAUGCAUCAGAUGUACAACAUCAACAUAUACUCAAACGGUUAAUUAAACCAACUAAUCGAACAAGUUUAUAUAAACAUCUUCUUCUAUGGGUUAUUCUUUUCGGUUGUCUAUUUCUUCUUGCUGCUCCACUUGCUCUCUAUGCAUCUUAUGCUUUACCAUCCAUCAAAUCACGUACGAUACCAUUACAUGAAUUUAGUGAAGAACGUGCUCGUGAUUUUUACCCAAAUUUAACUCAAUAUGGUCCGAGAGUUAGUAAUACAUAUGCUGAUUAUCGUACACGUGCUUUUCUCAUUUCACAAAUCAAUCGAAUUCGUUCAAUGGCUAAAAAAUCUAUUCAAUUUGAAAUUAAUCUACAAAAUUUUACUACGGAUAAUAUUGAACAAUUACAAAAUAUUGCAGUUCGUAUAUCCGAUUCAAAUUCAUUGAAAAAUACACCUUGUUUAAUGUUAGUUGCUCAUUAUGAUUCAGUUGAAUUUAGUCCUGGUGGUAGUGAUGAUGGAUCAGGUGUUACUAUUUUACUUGAACUUCUUUCAAAUCUUGUUAAUGAUCCAUCAAUAACAUUUUCUCAAGUUAAUUUAAUUGUUCUAUUUACUGGUGCUGAAGAAAUGAAUUUAAAUGGUGCUGAAGCAUUUAUUAUAAAUCAUCCAUGGAAAGAUGAUAUACGUCGUUUUAUUAAUAUCGAUUCAAGUGGUGGUAAUGAAAAAGCUAUUCUAUAUCGAGUUAAACCAUCACAACUUGUUAGAGAAUAUAGUCGAGUUCCAAGACCACAUGCAAAUGUUAUCGGUGAUGAAAUUCUUGAAUUAACUGGUUCGGAUACUGAUUAUAGUGUUUUUACAUCAAAAGGAUCAUUAUUAGGAUAUGAUUUUGCUUUUUAUCUCGAUGGUUAUAAUUAUCAUACAUUAAUUGAUAAACCAUCAAUUGUUGAAAAUGGUGCAUUACAACAUUUAGGUGAAAAUACACUCGUAUUAUCUCGUAAUAUUCUUCUUGGUAAUAUAAAUCUUCAACAACCAGAAACUAUAUUUGAUGAUGAUGAUGUUAUCUAUUAUGAUGUGCUUGGUCGACAUUUAAUAACAUAUACGAAAUCAACAUCCGUCAUAAUACAAUCAAUUCUUAUUGGAUUUGUUAUUCUAAUAGGAAUAUUAGUCAUUAUUAUUGAUCAUAUAUGGUAUAGAAGAAAUUUUUCAAUUGAUAAUUUUUCCUAUUCAGUUUAUUCUUAUUUUAAAUAUCCAUUACUUAUUCGUAUACUUUCAAUCAUUAUGUUUUUUAUUUGUUAUUUAUUAUCAAUUUUAGCUGGAAUAGGUCUUGCUGUUUUUAUUGCAUUUAUUAUAUCAUUAAUACGACCAUUAUCAUGGUAUGGUAAUUCAACAAUAGCUAUUUUUCUUUUUGGAUUACCUUGUUUAAUUGGUAUUAUACUUUGUGAAGCAUUAUGGGGAUAUUUACAUCGUUUGUUAUUAUCAAAAUAUCCGAAAAAAAAUCCGAUGGAAAUUCAAACAAUAAAUUAUAUAAAUCGUGUAUGUUUUAAUUUUGAACGUCAUUGGUCAUUACUUUUAGUUUUUGUCUUAUUUAUGAGUAUAUCUAUAUUUAUUAGUUAUCGUUCAUUAUAUUUUAUACUUCUGUGGUCAAUAUUUAUUUGUCCUAUUUAUUUAAUUAUAAUUUUAUUUGAAUCAUAUAUUCGUUGGAUGAAAAUCAAAUUUUUUAUUCUUUUUAAUGAACAAGGAUGGUAUUGGUUAUUUGCACCUUAUAUUGUUUCAUUAAUACCACUUAUACAUACAUUGGAAAUGACUAGUCGUCUUCUCCGUCUUGCUAUACCAAUAAUGGGUAGAAUGUUUCAUCCUAUAUCGAUACCACAAGAUAUACUUAUAUGUUCAUUAAUUGUCUUACCAGCUAUAAUAUUUUUUCUUGUUUUUAUACCGAAUAUUCAACGAGUUAUGAAUUAUAGUCGAACAUUAAUUCUAUUAACAAUUAGUUUUCUUAUUGUAUUUAUUAUAGCAUGUACAAGACAACCAUUUACAAGUACUCAUCCAAAAAUAAUUCAAGUUCGACAUAUUUCGCAAUCAAUGUAUAAAUUAAAUAAUCCGAAUAGAUUUCCACAAAUUAUUCCAGUUUCUUCACAAACAGCAUCGAUUUCUAUUGAAUCAUUUGAUCAGUUAGUUUUAUCAUCAACAUUAGAUCAAAUUGCAAAGAAAACUGGUUAUAUAUUAUAUAAUCGAGCAUGUUCAACACAAACAAAAUGUUCAUUUGAUGAUACAUUUAAUCGUACACUUGCAGUUUCAUAUGUUGAAUUAACAUCAAUGGAUAAUUUUAAUAAUUAUAGAUUUACAUUUCAUCAUGCAUCUUCUUAUCAAAUUACUAUUACAUCAUCGCCUACGGUAGCAAAAUACAUUGUACAUAAUUCAUCAAUGAAACCACGAAAUGAAACGAUUGUGGAUAUUCAAUCAAUAAGUUCAUCCUCAUCAUUUAAUUUCGAAUUACAAAUUGAUCGUUGUGAUUUAAAUGAUUCACCAUUUCUUCUAUCUUUAACUGAAAAGUUGCCUCAUAUUGUUAUGUGGGGUAGUGGUUAUUGUCGAACAAUUCGAGAUAUUCUUGUUCUUUCUAUAAAUCGUUGA